UUAGUGAGAUUUCGACAAAUAAAAUUUUUUUGAAAGAGAUCGAUAAAAUUAAAAGUAUAUUAACAAAACUAUGACAAUAAAAAAAAAAAAAAAAAAAAGUAACGACCAAUAAGAAUUGGAUACGAAAAUACAAGUGACUAGUUGUAAAAUUGAUAGAGUAGUGUGAUAUUUUUGUCACAUGGAAGAAUAGUUUAUCAACACGUGUCCUUUGCCAGCUGUAUUCACUAGUAACUGCAUUACCUAGAAGCAGCGUUAUACUGACCGGUCAUUCUCACCGGUUUAACGCAUUCAUUUCUUUCUUCUUCCCUCUUAUAUUCACAAAUUCUCAUUCUCUUUCAAUAAUUCAAAAAAAAUUUUUAACAUCUUCUCUAGAAUUAUCCAUGGCCACCAAUUCUCAGAGAGAUAUGGAUCGGGUCAAAGGUCCAUGGAGCCCCGAAGAGGAUCAUCUCCUGCAAAUUUUGGUACAAAAACAUGGUCCAAGAAAUUGGUCUUUGAUAAGCAAAUCUAUUCCGGGUCGGUCUGGAAAAUCCUGCCGGUUAAGGUGGUGUAAUCAGCUAUCUCCUCAGGUGGAGCACCGCCCGUUUACCCAGGAAGAAGAUGAGACGAUUAUCCGAGCCCAUGCUAAGUUCGGUAAUAAAUGGGCUACAAUAGCCCGGAUGUUAAACGGGCGAACUGAUAACGCUAUCAAGAAUCAUUGGAACUCAACUCUUAAACGGAAAUGCGCUUCUAUGAGUGGAGCUGAUUUUAAUGGGUUUGAGCUUGGGUUUGGGUUUGGGUUUGAGUUUGACCCAUCGGAAUCUGGUCCGCCAUUGAAGAGAUCUGCUAGCGUACCACCAGGAUCGGGUCUUAGUUUAAAUCCGGGUAGCCCAUCUGCUUCAAAUGGAUCUGCCGGUGUACUUCCACCACCGGAAUCGAUGGAGGAUCCGAAAACAUCGUUGAGUCUGUCUCUUCCUGGAUCAGAUGAAAAGAGCCCCAUCAAAGAAAAUGGGUCCGGAUCCGGGUCCGGUAAGGUUUUAGAGCCAUUAAGUAAAGAAUUAAUGGAGGUUAUGCAAGAUAUGAUUAAACAAGAAGUAAGGAAUUAUAUGGAAGAUAUUAAACAGAGAAAACAGAAGCAACAAAUUGAAGGUUAUGAAAAUAAUAAUGGGUGUUAUUAUCCAGAUGAAGCAGCCAUUGCUAGAGCUAUGGUUAAGCGGAUGGGGAUUGGUAAUUAGCAGGGGAUUAAGAUAUAAUUAGGUAUAAUACAGUGAGACAAAUGCUAGAUUAAGAAAAAGAAUUUGGACUGUUUUUUUUUUUAAAUUUAUUUUUCUUAUGUUUUUAUUAGUUGGAAGGAAAUAAUUUUGGUAGUGUAAAUAUAACAUAUGAGAAGAAGAAUAUAGAAGUUUAAAAGUAUUGGACAUUAGGGGAGAUGAGUAGUAGUAGUAAAGUCUUUUUUUUUUUUUUUUAUUCCUUUUAGUUGAGGGUCUGACCGACUGCAAUUUUUUCAAUUUAAAUAUUUUUUAACGAGUGAGUGAUCAAUAUUUGUUUAAGCGGAAUAUGUGCAAUUCUUUAUAACGAGCGAGCGAUCACACUUUAUUUGAAUGAGAUAUGAAGAAUUAUUUUAUAACAAGUGAGUAAUCACAGUUUGUAUGAGUGGAAUAGGAAGAAUACUUUUUAACAAGCAAGCGAUUACAAUUUAUAUGAGUGGAAUAAGAAAAAUCCUUUUUAAUGAAUAAACAAUCACAGUUUAUAUAAGCGAAAUAUAAAAAUUAUUUUCAAUCAGCAAGUGAUUAUAGUUUAUAUGAGCAGAAUAUUUACUAAAUAUAAGAUGAUGGUAAUUGGCAAUAGCAAUUUGGCAGAAAUUUGGUGGGGGAGUCGUCAGUUGAGUAGUAGUUAUUGCUAAAUGCUAAUAUUUAUAUGAAAUUGUUUUAAACGUUUAUGGUGGACAGCUUGAGAUAUGCUGUUGUCUUAUUAAAAAAGUAUUAGUGUGAUGUUUAGAUAAAACAAAGGAAAGAAAGGAAAAAUUUUGAUAUUUGAGA